UAAAUUUAUUCAUGAUAAGUCUUAGAAUUUAAUGGCUUCGUUGAGUUAUUCUUUUUUACUCGUUUUAUUCACGUGUCUUGCAUCAUGGGAUUCUCCAAGGAUUUGUGAUUGCAUUAAAUUAAAAGGCUCUCCUAAUUCACGCUCAGGAUAUAUUAUACAUCGCAUAAAGGGAUACGCUGUUAAUCCAUCUUCUAAUCGUCAUGUAGCCAAAUCAUCGGUGGACUAUACCUCCGGGGAAUUACGUCCUUUUACGCUUUAUUACAAUGUUAAGCUGAUAACACCAGAAGGUGAGAAGGUAGUUGACUGCGAUCCCGAUGAAUACAUAUUGGAGGCGGCUGAACGUGGCGGAGUAGAUCUUCCAUAUAGUUGUCGCAGCGGUAGCUGUUCAACUUGCGCAGGUAAACUGUUGAAAGGGGAAGUCAACAAUGAGGACCAAAAUUAUCUGGAUGACAAACAGCUGGAGGAAGGUUACUGCUUGCUAUGUACAUGCUACGCUAAAUCGGAUUGCACCAUAGUAACUCAUAAGGAGAAUGAGCUCCACGACUGAGUAGAAAGCAACACCGCUUUAAUUACG